AUGACAGCAGUAAACCGUGACGAAGAGCAGUAUUUGAAUCAAAUUCGUGAGAUUAUGAAUAAUGGCAAACGCCGUACUGAUCGUACUGGGACGGGAACAAUCUCGAUCUUUGGAAUGCAAUCACGUUAUAGCUUGCGAAAUGGUGUCGUGCCAUUACUGACUACAAAACGAGUGUACUGGAAAGGAAUUUGGCGGCAUUUUGGGGCUGCAUAUAAAGGUCCAGAUGCAAACUAUGAAGGUAAAGGUGUUGAUCAACUAGCAGAUGUUAUUCAUCAAAUUCGAACGAAUCCUGAUAGUCGCAGGAUCAUCCUAAGCGCAUGGAAUCCAAGUGGUAAGCUAAACAUGAGCAAAAAUCUGAAGCUGAUGGCCCUUCCACCGUGUCACACAUUGUGCCAGUUCUUCGUUCAAGACGGAGAGCUGAGUUGUCAGCUCUAUCAGAGA